AUUUCUAAGUAAACAAAUACCGUGCGUCCCUCUCCGUAAUCUUCUCCCACACGUCUGUGUGUCCCUCUCCAUGCGUUCCUCUUCUCACGCAGCCUCUCCUCGCGCCACCACCUACCAUCGCGCCACCACUUGCCAUCGCGCCGCCACCUUCCCUCUCCCUCUCACCGGUGAGCCUCCUCUCUCUCCCUCCCUCUCCCUCUCAUCGGGUACGCCACCGUUUGUUUCUCCACGCGGACGCGCCGCACCACCAGCCUCCCGCCUGCCACGUGGACGGACGCGUCGUCGGCUGCUUCGCGCCGCCCGACAAGGCCGGCAGCGUCGACCUCGACUUCCUCGAGCCUCUCGACGAAGGGCUCGGCCACUCCUUCGACUUCCUUGCGAUGCAGCUCCGAAACCCUCUCUCCCUCCUUUCUCUCCCUCCCUCUCCCUCUCAUCCUAACCUCCUGCGAUGUAGCUCCACGGUGACGAGCCCCGCCACCCCGCGCCUACCGCCGACGAGCAGUGCCACUCCGUGCUAGGUCUAUUCAACAACAGGCAGAACAGACACCUCUCCAACACCCCAGAUCUUCUAUUCAAGAACUUGCUCCAGGCUAGAGGUAAUCUACUCGUAUCCGUCUGAUCUAUUAAACAAAAUACCUGCAGUGUGCAUCCAUACAGAUUAUCAGUUUUGUCUGUGCGAGCUGUGAACAAAUAAUUAUCAGUUUUGUCUGGGCGAGCUAUUGUUUACACGAGUACAGUAGGGACUAGGGAGCCGAUGAACAGCUAGUAUAAUUAUCAGAACAACUAGUAUAAUUAUCAGAAUACCUACUGAUAAUAGUAUAAUUAUCAGAACAGCUAGUAUAAUUAUCACAUUUGUAAGUUUAGUCACUAGUUUGAUUUUUCUAAUAUGAUUUUUCUACACUAUCCUUGAACAACAGUAUGACCCAUCUUCCUUUAUCUACACGAACGCGGAAGAGAAAUUUGACACUUAGAAAUGUAACAUUUGCCAUUAUGCUUAUGUAUUAUUAUAUCUUGGCUUUAUUAGUAUUAUCACAUAAGUGGAAGAGUUGGAAGAUAGAAAGGAGGAUAAAGAUUAAAGAACUUAGAAGUCAAUGUAUGUACCAUCUAAUCUGUGAGAGCAAUGUUAAGUGUAUAAAUGACCUUCGCAUCGAUAGGAAAAUAUUUCAUAUAUUGUGUGAGAUGCUUAGAGAUGUUGGUGGUUUGAGGGGUACAAGAAAUGCACCAUUGGAAUAGAUAGUAGCCGCAUUCUUACACACACUGGCUCAUCAUGUGAAGAAUAGAACAAUAGGGGGUUUCUUCUUAAGGAGUGGUGAGACAGUGAGCAGAAACUUCAAUGCAUGCCUCCUAGCAGUAUUGAAGCUUCACCAAUUGCUCCUUAAGAAACCAGAACCUAUACCUGAGGGCUGCACAGACUUUAGGUGGAAGCACUUCAAGAGUUGCUUGGGUGCAUUGGAUGGCACACAUGUAAAGGUGAUUGUCCCAACUAAGCUGAAGGGGAGAUAUAGGUCAAGAAAAAGAGAAAUUGUGACAAAUGUGUUGGGUGUUUGUGCACCUGGCAUGUAGUUUAUAUAUGUCUUACCUGGUUGGGAGGGUUCUGCACAUGACAGGCGUGUGCUUCGAGAUGCCAUCUCGACACCGGAUGGAUUACGUGUCCCUCAAGGCGAGGUUGCUAUUAUCUUGUUGAUGCUGGUUACACAAAUGCAAAUGGUUUCUUAGCACCAUAUCGAGGACAGAGAGCUAGGAAUAUUGUUGAGAGGGCAUUUGGAAGGCUCAAGGGUCGGUGUGGAAUUUUAAGGUCUCCAUCAUUUUUUUCUAGUCAAGACUCAAAGUCAAAUUAUAAUGGCAUGUGCCCUCUUGCACAACUUAAUUUUGCAAAAUAUGUCUAGAGACCCAUUUUAAAAUGAUGAGGAGCCAGCUAUGGAUGCAUCAUUUGAUGUUAUGCAUGGAGAAAUCAGUGAACCAAAAUUUAUCACAGGUGUCUCAACAUCUAAUGAAUGGACUGAUUUCCGCAAUAAUCUUGCUCAGGGGAUGUAUAAUAGAUAUAGAGCUAGGUCUAAUAACUAAGGACAUGAACCAAUCAGAGAGCUCAAGUGUUGCUCGGGGAAGAGGGAAAACAAAAGGAUCUGGACUUAUUAUGAGGAUGAGGAGUUAAUUAAAGCACUAUAUGAGAUAUCUUUUGAUCCAAAGUGGAAAAGUGAGGGAGGUUUUAAGAAUGGGUAUUGUUAUGUUCUAGAAAAUGAACUCAAAGCAAGGCUACCAGGGUGUGGUCUCAGUGCUAUUCCACACAUUGAGUCUAGAGUGAGGCAUUUUAGGACCAAGUAUGGUGCUAUUGAGGUCAUGCUUGCUAAGAGUGGUUUUAAUUGGGAUGACAACAGAAAAAUGGUGCAAUGUGAGAAACAUCAAUAUGAAGCCCAUUGUAAGGAUAAUCCUGAUGCAAAGGGACUUUAUGGUGUUGCAUUUCCAUAUUUUGAUACCUUGGCUGCUAUAUAUGGCAAGGACAUAGCUACUGGAGAAGGGGCCGAGGGGCUUGGUGAGGCUAUAACUAACAUGGAGAAAGAAAUAGCUAUGGGAGAAGAUUGUCCAGUAGUGGAAGAGGAUAUGAUUUCUAUGGAUACACCACAACGGUCUAUGGAUAAUAGGAACUCAGAUCAUUCAACUUCAUCGAGCAGCAAAAGAAGGAAGAAACACAAAGAUAGUAUGUCAAGUGACCCAUUCUUGGAUCUAGCAAGUGGAAUCCGUGGUGAUCUUAACAAAGCCUCACAACACUUUGGAAGGAUGGCAGAAGUGAUGGAGAUGGAAGCAAAAAAGGAUCAAAUGCAAGAGUUACAAGAGAAGUCUGUUGUUGAGUUGACUAGACUUGGUUUUGGGGGUAGUGAACUCCUCAAAGCCGCUACUAUUUUUGUGAAGGUCCAUAAUCAGAUGACGAUGCUUUUCACGCUUCCUGAGACUCUUAGGAGAGAAUUCAUCCUCAACAUGAUUGCAGAUAAUAACUAGUUGAAUUUUAGAAUUAAUCUCUUAUACUAGUUGAUGCAUGUACUCAUGUUUAUAGACCUGUAUGUUCUCAUGUUUAUAGACGUGUAUGCACUCCCAAAUGAUCUUGUAUGUACUCAUGUUUAUAGACCUAUAUCCUUUCUUCAGAUGAAGCUCAAAGGAAGUGACUUGUCAAAUUAUCAAUGAAGAAUGUCAGGAGCAUUUGGUGAAGAGUGAUUGGCAUAUGAACUUCUGGAAGUUGAAUUUUCAAGACGUUUGAAGUCCUAAGACAUUUCUAGAUCAUGAAAAUUAUGAAUUCUUAAGACUAGCUUUAUUGCCUGGCUGUGUUGUUAACUGUGUGUGAAAAUAAACUGUUGUUUGAAACCUAUUAUGUUUGCUAGCACAAAGCUGGUAGUUUUAUUUGAUGUUCAGCAAGACAAAUAAAGCUGCUAACUUUAUUGGUU